UCUCUCUUCUUUGGUAAGGGAAAUGGAGAUAUCAGUAGCGUCGGUAGCAUUAUCAAUAGCUAUAGCUAUUGUGUCGUGGUGGGUAUGGAGAACUUUGAAUUGGGUUUGGUUUAAACCUAAGAUGCUUGAGAGUUACCUAAGAAGACAAGGUCUUGUCGGAACUUCAUACACGCUUCUUGUAGGAGACAUGAAGAAAAGUCUUAGCAUGUUGAUAGAAGCUAAAUCCAAACCCAUCAAACUAACUGAUGAUAUCACUCCACGUGUUUUGCCUUAUCCCUUUAAAAUGCUUAAGACUCACGGAAGGACUUUUUUUACAUGGAUGGGAACUAUACCAUUCAUUACUAUAGUGGAUGCUGAGUUGAUUAAGGAAGUUCUCAACAACGUUUAUGAUUUCCCUAAGCCACAUACGUUCCCUUUGGCUAGGUUGAUAGCAACUGGAGUUGCUAACUAUGAUGGUGAUAAAUGGGCGAAACACCGAAGAAUCAUUAAUCCGGCUUUCAAUGUUGAGAAAAUCAAGAAUAUGGUACCAGCAUUUCACCAGAGCUGCAGCGAGGUUGUUCGCGAAUGCGACAAGUUAGUUUCCAAUAAAGGGUCGCCUUAUGAGGUGGACGUUUGGCCUUGGCUUGUGAAUAUGACUGGAGAUGUGAUCUCUCGUACUGCUUUUGGUAGCAGCUACAAAGAAGGACAAAGGAUCUUUGAGCUCCAGGCAGAACUAGCUGAGCUUGUUAUGCUAGCUUUUCGAAAAGCUUCUUUCCCUGGAUACAAUUAUCUCCCAACAAAGCAUAAUAGAAGGAUGAAAGAAACAUCAAGAGAGAUCCAAGUUAUACUGAGAGGGAUCAUUAACAAAAGGUUAAAGGGGAGAGAAGCAGGGGAAGAACCAAAGGAUGAUCUGUUGGGUAUACUUCUUGAGUCAAGUAUAGGUCAAGAGAAAGGAAAUGGAUUGAGCAUUGAGGAAGUGAUAGAAGAGUGCAAGAUGUUCUAUUUCGCCGGGCAAGAGACAACUUCAGUACUUUUGGUUUGGACAAUGGUUCUGUUAAGCCAACACCAAGACUGGCAGGUUCGUGCGCGAGAAGAAGUGAAGCAAGUGUUUGGCGAUAAAGAACCAGAUAAAGAAGGCCUUAACCAGCUCAAAGUUAUGACAAUGAUAUUAUAUGAAGUACUUAGGCUAUAUCCACCAGUAGUUCAGCUAUUGCGAGCUACUGAGAAAGAGAUGAAGCUAGGAGACUUGACACUACCAGCUGGAGUUCAGAUUAAUCUACCUAUUAUGCUAGUCCAACGAGAUAUCGAACUGUGGGGAAACGAUGCAGCGGAGUUCAAACCCGAGAGGUUUAAAGACGGUCUUUUGAAAGCAACAAAGAACCAAGUUUCCUUCUUUGCCUUUGCGUGGGGACCAAGGAUAUGCAUCGGCCAGACUUUUGCCCUAUUGGAAGUAAAGAUGGCAAUGGCUUUAAUUCUUCAGAGAUUCUCCUUCGAGCUUUCUCCUAACUAUGUUCAUGCACCUUACGAAGCUAUGACCAUUCACCCACAAUUUGGUGCACCUGUUAUCCUUAAGAAGCUAUGAAAGUGUUGUUGUCUAAUUAAUAAACUUGUCAUACACGGAAUUACAAAUAAUAUGAUGAUUAGUUGAUACAACCACAUUUUCUAUACACAGAAUCA